AUGGCACCAACUGACUCCAAAUCUCUCGUUCUCGUGACUGGUGGAAACGGUUUCAUAGCCGCCCAUUGCAUCGCGACCCUCUUGCGAUCAGAAUAUCGCGUCAGAGCCACAGUUCGCUCAGCAGAGAAAGGAGAAGCGACGUUUAAAUCGCUCAACGAGGCAGGCGUUAAAAACCUCGAGCUUCUUGAAUUUUCCGUUGUUCCCGACCCGACCGAUCUCCAGGUUCUUUCACCCGCUUUACAGGAAUGCCAGGCUGUCUUGCACUUGGCUUCCGCUUUCAAUUACGAUGCAAAGCCUGGAGAGUUUGAAGAGAAGUUGAUGAUCCCGGCGGUCAAGGGCACACAGGUCAUUUGCCAGGCAGCUGAACAGAUCUCAUCUAUCCGACGAGUUGUUGUUAUGUCCAGCUUUGCGAGCGUUUACGAUGCUAGCCUGGGGCUUCAGCCUGGUCGUGUCUAUUCGGAGGAGGACUGGUGUCCAUUGACAUAUGAAGAUGGUGUGAAUGCAUCGGCUGUCAAAACCUGGGCUAAUCGAGUUCAGCCUAUCGCGUAUCGCGCCUCAAAGGUGGUAGCCGAGCGUGCUGCCUGGGAUUAUGUUCGUGACCACCCGGUCAAAUAUCAGUUGAUCACGCUCUGCCCUGGAAUGGUUUUUGGAAAAAUGAUCCAUCCCAUUUCGUCGCUUUCUCAACUCAAUGCCAGCAACCAGAUUGUCUGGGACGUGCUGAAUGUGGGACAAGAUGGUGCAAUUCCUCCUACAAAGGCUCCUGUUUGGAUCGAUGUUGAGGAUUUGGCUACAGCCAGUCUUAAGUCCCUGGAACUCUCCACAAAUGGUCAUGAAAGAUUCUUGCUUACACAGUCAUCUUAUGACACACAGGAGAUAGCUGACAUUAUUCGUGGAAAGCUUCCUAAGAGCAGGGCCCCUGUGGGCAGUCCUGGAUAUCGAAUUGCAGAUACACACUAUUCUUGUGACUCUUCGAAAGCACAACAAGUACUGGGCGUGGAAUUCAAAACUCUAGAGGAGUCUAUAAUUCCAUUGGCACAGCAGCUUUACGAUAUGGACAAGGUCGUGGAGUUGUAA